AUGCUGCAAGCAGAAGAACUUCCCAUCCCACCCUUUUUUUCUUCCUCAUUAGAUUUCUUGCAAUCUGACUGUUUCUCUCACUCUCUCUCUCUCUGCUUUCCUCCCCAGUCUGACACUGUUUCUCUCUCUCUCUCUCUCUGCUUCCCUCCCCAGUCUGACACUGUUUCUCUCACUCUCUCUCUCUCUUCUUCCCUCCCCAGUCUGACACUGUUUCUCUCUCUCUCUCUCUUCCCUCCCCAGUCUGACACUGUUUCUCUCCUCUCUCUCUCUCUCUGCUUUGCUCCCCAGUCUGACACUGUUUCUCUCCUCUCUCUCUCUCUCUCUGCUUCCCUCCCCAGUCUGAAACUGUUUCUCUCUCUCUCUCUCUCUCUCUUCCCUCCCCAGUCUGACACUGUUUCUCUCUCUCUCUCUCUCUCUCUGCUUCCCUCCCCAUCUGACAAUGUUUCUCUCCUCUCUCUCUCUCUCUCUCUUCCCCUCCCCAGUCUGACACUGUUUCUCUCACUCUCUCUCUUCCCUCCCCAGUCUGACACUGUUUCUCUCUCUCUCUCUCUCUCUCUCUUCCCCUCCCCAUCUGACACUGUUUCUCUCACUCUCUCUCUCUCUGCUUCCCUCCCCAGUCUGACACUGUUUCUCUCACUCUCUCUCUCUGCUUCGCUCCCCAGUCUGACACUGUUUCUCUCACUCUCUCUCUCUCUCUCUGCUUCCCUCCCCAGUCUGACACUGUUUCUCUCACUCUCUCUCUUCUUCCCUCCCCAGUCUGACACUGUUUCUCUCCUCUCUCUCUCUCUUCUUCCCUCCCCAUCUGACACUGUUUCUCUCUCUCUCUCUCUCUCUGCUUCCCCCCAGUCUGACACUGUUUCUCUCACUCUCUCUCUCUCUCUCUCUCCCCUCCCCAGUCUGACACUGUUUCUCUCAAUCUACCUCUCUCUGCUUCCUCCCCCCAGUCUGACACUGUUUCUCUCUCCUCUCUCUCUCUCUCUGCUUCCUCCCAGUCUGACACUGUUUCUCUCACUCUCUCACUCUCUCUUCUUCCCUCCCCAUCUGACCCUGUUUCUCUCCUCUCUCUCUCUCUCUGCUUCCCUCCCCAGUCUGACACUGUUUCUCUCACUCUCUCUCUCUCUCUGCUUCCCUCCCCAGUCUGACACUGUUUCUCUCUCUCUCUCUCUCUCUCUCUGCUUCCCUCCCCAGUCUGACACUGUUUCUCUCACUCUCUCUCUCUGCUUCCCUCCCCAGUCUGACACUGUUUCUCUCACUCUCUCUCUCUCUCUUCCCCUCCCCAGUCUGACACUGUUUCUCUCUCUCUCUCUCUCUGCUUCCCUCCCCAGUCUGACACUGUUUCUCUCACUCUCUCUCUCUUCCCUCCCCAGUCUGACACUGUUUCUCUCACUCUCUCUCUCUCUUCCCUCCCCAUCUGACACUGUUUCUCUCACUCUCUCUCACUCUCUCUCUUCUUCCCUCCCUAGUUUGACACUGUUUCUCUCACUCUCUCUCUCUCUCUCUGCUUCCCUCCCCAGUCUGAAACUGUUUCUCUCACUCUCUCUUUCUCUCUGCUUCCCUUCUCUUCUGACACUGAUGUUCUCUCUCUCUCUCUCUCUCUCUGCUUCCCUCCCAGUGAAUUUGAUCCUUAAUGGAUCUCUCAUAGAAAAAGUCUUGGCAUCAUGUGUCCCCAGUCAUAGACACUGUUUCAUUUCACUAACUUUCUCUCUCUCUCUCUUCUCUCCCCAUCUACACUGUUUCUCUCACAGACUACCUCUCUCUAGCUUUGGCUGGUCCCCAAAAACUCUCACUCUCUCUCCUUCCCUCCCUAGUUUGAACACUGUAUUCUCUCACAAGUCUCUCUCUCUCUGCUUUCUUCCCAGUCAAGACACUAUUUUUCCGUCUCAUCUAAUUUUAUUCAUUCCUUAUACCUGCUGUCUGUAUCUAGGAAGAUUUCUUUCAAAAUGUUUUCCUCUUUCCAGGCUCUUUCCCCAUCUUUGCGUGAACGAAUCCACAUCCUCCCCUAUUCAUCACCACCCGUGCCAAUAG